AAAAAUGUGACUAAGAAGGUCAUAUAUUUGGAAAAUAUUGUCACUGCAAAAUUUUUAUGUCACUGCCAUAUAUCACUUCCAUAUUUUUAUGUGACUUUUGAAUGUCACUACCGACUUUCGUGUCACCUUUGGACAUCAUUGUUGCCGUAAAUCGUGUCACUGUGAUCGUCGGAAAAUUUCCAGGUGACUUUUUCGGGAAAAUAGUGACCUCUCACGCCGCCACCUGCCACGCCGCCGGCACGACCAUCACACUAGUAUGUCCGUCUCUCAUAGACCGCCCUGCCCAUCCCCCGCCCAAACCCCAAAACCAGUGGCUAACCGCCAUCCGGCCCGGUGCCCGCCGCCACAUCGCCCCACACCUGUGCCCUCCCCACUGCCCCUCCCCGCCACAGUCGCGACCACUGCUCCGGUCGAACACCGCCAUUGCCUAGUGACCAACACCACUGUCGCCCCUUCCACAUCCACCGCUGCCCCUGCCAUAUCCACCGCCCCUGUCAUGGCCAUCACGGCCGUACCAACCUAUCACUGUUCCCCAGCCCCCCUCUCUAGUCUCCCUUUCCUUUCCAUCCUCCGCCUUCAACAAUCUCCUCCAAACCAACCAUCUCAGUCUGAAACUUUAGCCAACAAUUUCAAUUGCAAAAUCAUCCUCCGCCCUUGCCCAUCCCUCUUCCCUACCCCUGCCCCAAUAAUUUCCCCAACAUGAUGACUCCAUAUCAGAUAUGUGCAUUCCAAUGAAACUCAUAGACAUAGGUGAAAAGAAAGAAGAAGAGAGUAUUUGAAGCAGUGACAUAGCUAUUGCGGUGCGGAAAGGCGACGAUGACGACGAUGCGUCCUUAAGCACUGGUGGAGGUGACCGGUGCGCAGAAGCGGCGGCGACUGGUGUGUCGCUGCAAGCCACCGGAGAAGGCGAACGACCUGGAGCGAAGGUAGGUCUCCUGGAGCAUGCGCAUGUGUGAGAGGGAGCGCAGGUCUGGAGAAGGAAGACGAUCGGGAUUCUAUGAAUUUGGGAAAAGGAAGCAACCGUACCUUGGAAAAAAAGGUCACUUUUAUGGAAAAAAAAUAAAUCAGUAACAUUUUGGGAAUUAGAAAUUUGGGGAGUAAUAUUAGUGUCAUUGUUUCAAUAUCAAAUCAACGACUUUUUUAUUAUUGUUUCUAAAAAUCAAAUUUAAUCACUUAUAUGUUACUACCUCUG